AUGAGCUCGUCGGCGCUCAGUAUGUCACCAAAUCUCUCCCCACCGCUCUACCCCAAUGUGCACAACAACUCGUACAGCUUCUGUGGCGAUGGAAGGGCCAUAGAACGCUUCGGGAGACUUUUCCGACCAGACGACAACUUCACCGACGUCACACUGGAGAACUGGGAUCUGAGCGACACCGAACGACUCGAUCUACCGCGGUCGAUUCGAAAUUUGCGUCUGAUCAGGUGCAACUUGAUCGACAUUCCAGACGAAGUGCGCGCAUUGGAGAACGUGGAAGAACUAAACCUGGCCGAAAACCGUCUGCGAUCAUUCGAAGGUAUACUUCGUGCCUCAAUGGGCAUGAGAAAGCUGAACGCUUCACACAACCGUCUCGACUUGUACAAUGUAUCGCUCCCGAAGUUGACAUCGCUUGAUCUAUCCGCGAACGCGUUUGUGGGUUUUCCUGACGCCAUCUUUGUAUCGUCCCAGUUGGACACUGUUCGAAUUUCGGAGAACGAGUUUGAAAUUGCUGCUGUGUCGGCAGCACAGUAUGACUUUUUUGCUGGUCUGACGAACUUCGAAGCAGCUUUCGCGAAUGUUUCUACAUGCACCUCCGGGUCAUUCCUGUAUCUACAAGGAAAAGGCGUAUGCCAGUAUGGCGUAACGGUAGAAAGCGACAUAGCCAGUGCCUCAUCAAAUCGCAGUACCGGUCCAGUGGGGGAGACCCUGACUUUGACCACCGAAGGAUCGAUGGAAGCUUCACACUUGCCGGUUUUCAGCGACACCACAAAGAAGUACAUCAUUGCGGCGAUUGGCGUCCUGGUAGUAGUUGGCAUCAUCGGAGGCGUUGUCGCUUUGGUUUCACUCGGCAUUGUCGGUGGCAUUGCGCGAGUUGUCUAUGAAUACAUUGGACGGCGGCUGAAGAAGCGGCAUCGCGACGACAUCCACGAAAACACGCCUCUAUUUUUCGACCAGGCAGCUCGUGCUGGCUAUCAGAUAGAGAUGGAGGCGGUCGACAAGCUGUUUCCUUCCAACGAUCCUGUACUUGUGACGUGGCGCAUCGACUACGACAGCGUGACACUGAUCAAAAAGAUCGCCCAAGGCGCGUUUGGUGAAGUAUGGAUGGGUCAAUACCGGUAUGAGCGAGUAGCUGUCAAGCGACUGCUUCAGGUAAAAGUGUCUCUAGCGACCAGUGAAGCCUUCUUGCGUGAGAUCAAGCUAAUGGCGUGGCUUGAGCACCCCAAAAUCGUUCAGUUUGUGGGCGUUGCUUGGACGAGGUUGGUUGACAUGCUUGCCGUAAUCGAGUACAUGGAUGGCGGAGACUUGCGUACUUUGUUGGAAAAGAACGCCCCACAAUGUCUGCUGUGGCAAGAGGGUUCAAAACUACGAUUUGCCCGCGACACAAUCGACGCGAUUGUGUACCUCCACUCAUUGAGCCCCGUUAUCAUUCACCGUGAUCUGAAGUCGCGGAAUAUUUUGCUGGACUCCAAAAAGGGUGCGAAACUAGGCGACUUUGGCGAAUCGGCGACGAAACGAUCGAAAGACAUGACUGCAGGCGUUGGUACAACGAGGUGGCUUGCUCCCGAGCUUGUUCGUGGAGACAAAAGGUAUUCAGAGGCUGUCGAUAUAUAUUCGUUCGGCAUCAUCCUCUCCGAAUUGGAUACACACGAGCUACCUUUCGCGCACGCCAAACAUCGUGACACGGGCACUCCACUCAAUGACAUGGCCAUUCUUCAGGGCGUCUCGUCUGGCACGUUACAAGCCUCAUUUUCUACGUCUUGCCCUCCGAAAUUGCAGGAGCUUGCGAGACAGUGCAUGAGCUUGGACCCCGCUUUACGCCCGACCGCAGCUCAAGUUGCCUAUGCAAUACGAAGUCCAGAUAUUCUUCUACUCUAG